UGUCAGUAGUUUGUCAAUAUUGCAAUGCAGUCAAAUUUAAAAAUGAACCGCCAGUGUUAUGUUGCGCCGGGGGAAAGGUUAAGUUGCCAGAACUGCUUCCACCACCACAGCCAUUGUUCCAGCUGCUUUACGGUGAAUCUCCUCACUCGAGCCAUUUCUUAAAGCACACUAAAAUUUACAACGAUUGCUUUCAAAUGACGUCGUUUGGCGGUGAAAUUGUAAAUGAACAAAACUACAAUCCAACGUUUAAGGUUCAUGGGCAAAUUUUUCAUCUCGCUGGAUCGCUGUUGCCGCAUCCAGAUCAAGAACACAAAUAUCUCCAAAUUUACUUUCUGGGAGAUUCACAUGAUGAAGUAAAUCGGCGUUGUGCUAUCUUCAAUACAACGAAAAGAGAAAUAAUCGAACAAUUGCAGCAAAUGUUACACGAACACAAUUAUUAAACCGUUUACGAUUUCGUUGGAACGUAUGCCAACAGAUGAUCAUAGUAUAAUCAUACAAGCGGACAAAAGACCAACAGGGACACAUGAAAGACAAUAUAAUGCACCUACAGUUAGCGAAAUAUCAAUUGUUGUUGUUGGAGAAAAUUUGCAGUCGCGUGAUAUUGUUAUCAAACGUAGAAAUCAAAACGCACUAAAACGGAUAAGUGAGACACAUCGGUCUUACGACGCAAUGCAAUAUCCGCUCAUGUUCUGCCGUGGAGAAGACGGAUAUCACUUAGGAUAUAAGAUGAUAAAUCCGGUGAAUGGUGUCGAGACAAAUAAAAAAGUCAGUUCAAAGAAGUUUUACGCAUAUCGAAUGAUGAUUCGCCAAAACUAUGACAACCACUUACUGAGAUAUGGACGGUUAUUUCAACAGUAUGCAGUUGACAUGUACGUUAAAGUUGAGACAGAACGACUUAAUUACAUGCGAUACAAUUAGUCAAAGUUGCGAUCUGAAGAGUAUAUUCACUUAAGAGAUGCAAUGAAUGGUGAUGCGGAUAUUACAGAUAUUGGUCGACUCUAUAUUUUGCCAUCGACAUACAUUGGCAGUCCUAGAUACAUGCAUGAGUACUCCCAGGAUGCGAUGACUUACGUGCGCAAUUAUGGACGGCCGGAUUUGUUUGUUACAUUUACUUGCAAUCCAAAAUGGCCAGACAUUACGAAUCUAUUGCAUCCCGGUCAAUCACCAAGCGAUCACCACGACGUUACAGCACAGGUGUUUAAACAAAAACUAAGAUGUUUGAUGGACUUUAUAACGAAACAACGUGUAUAUGGCACUGUUCGAUGCUCGAUGUACUCAGUGGAGUGGCAGAAGAGAGGUUUGCCCCACGCACACAUUCUUCUUUGGAUGGUGGAGAAAAUUACACCUGACCAAAUUGAUGACAUCAUUUCCGCCGAAAUUCCUGAUGUUGAAAUAGAUCCAGAGUUGCACGAAGUGGUGAUGGCCAAUAUGGUUCAUGGGCCAUGCGGAGAACACGAUCCAUCUUCGGUUUGUAUGUCGGACAGUAAAUGCAAAAAACGCUAUCCCCGUGCUUUUAUUUCGGAAACUCAAACUGGAAACGAAGGAUACCCUCUCUAUCGGCGUCGCUCACCCGCUGACAAUGGCAGAACAUUCAUCACUCAAUUGAAGGAAAAGAAUUUCGUGGUUGAUAACACAUGGACCGUUCCAUAUUCGCCAAUUUUGUCUAAGGCAUUCAAAACACAUAUAAAUGUUGAGUAUUGCAGUUCAAUAAAAUCAAUUAAGUAUGUUUGCAAAUAUGUCACCAAAGGAAGCGAUAUGGCGGUUAUUGGCGUUGAACGAGAUGAAAUUAGAAAAUUUCAAAUGGGCAGAUAUGUGAACUGCAAUGAAGCAAUCUGGAGAAUAUUUUCAUUUGCAAUUCAUGAACGCCAUCCUACUGUUGUGCAUCUGGCAGCUCAUUUGGAGAAUGGCUAGCGAGUUUAUUUCAACGCAGAGAACAUAGUACAGCGAACGGAAAUACCACCAGCAACCACUUUAACAAGUUUCUUUGCAACUUGCGCCAGUGAUCCGUUCGCGAGAACAUUGCGUUACUCGGAGAUGCCUCGGUAUUAUACAUGGAAUGCAUCGUCGAAGAAAUGGUUGCGCAGGAAGAACGGCCAUCCGGUAGAUGGUUAUCCAGGUGUUUUUUCAACUGAUGCAUUGGGAAGAAUUUACACAAUCCAUCCAAGGAACGAUGAUUGCUUUUACCUACGUUUGCUUUUGAUUAAUGUACGCGGUUCAACUUCAUUUGAAUCAUUGAGGACUGUAGAUGGAACCAUUUGUGCAACAUUUCAAGAAGCAUAUCAACAAUUGCAAUUGCUUGAACACGACAGUCACUGGAAUCAAACGCUAGCGGAUGCAAUAGCUUCUUCACCAGCCACUGCAGUUCGUACACUUUUCGCUAUUAUAAUUUCGACAUGUCAGCCUUCAAACCCGCGUCUAUUAUGGGAUACGUACAAAGAUGACAUGGCAGAAGAUAUUUUGCAUCGCCUGCGAUUAGCGACGAGAAAUGUCGACUUACAAAUGAACGCUGACAUCUACAAUGAAGCAUUAGUCCUUAUUGAAGAUUUAUGUUUACUUAUGAGUGGAAAACUAUUGAUUGAAGUUCAUAUGCCGGCACCAAGUCGUCAAACAAGGGAUUUAGUGAGACGCGAAUUGGAACGCGAGCGUGCUUACGAUAUAACUCACUUGCAACAACAAGUACAAACAAAUGUUCCACUGUUGAAUGAACAGCAAAGCAGUGCGUACAGUCAGCUAAUAAAUGCUGUAGAUAGUGGAAACGGUGGCAUAUUUUUCCUCGAUACGCCCGGCGGGACUGGCAAAACGUUCCUAUUGUCUUUAAUACUAGCAGCAAUACGUGGUCAAGGUGGUAUUGAAUUAGCUCUUGCAUCUACCGGGAUUGCUGCAACACUCUUAGAAGGUGGAAGAACGGCACAUUCAGCAUUAAAGCUUCCAUUAAACUUGCAAAUACACGAAAGUCCUGUUUGCAAUAUUUCAAAGCAAUCAGCAAUGGCACAAGUUUUAAAAAAAUGUAAGUUAAUCAUAUGGGAUGAAUGCACAAUGACCCACAAACGAUCAUUAGAAGCACUCGACAGAACACUGAGAGGUUUGCGCAACAAUAAUCGUUGCUUUGGUGGAGUGAUGAUAUUGCUGUCGGGCGACUUUAGACAAACACUUCCCGUGAUUCCAAAAUCAACAGCGGCGGAUUAGCUAAACGCAUGUCUGAAGUCAUCGCAUUUGUGGAGGUUUGUUAAAACCAUUUCAUUGACCAUGAAUAUGCGAGUUUUGCUGCAAAACGAUAGAACUGCGGAGGUUUUUUCAAAAGAGCUGCUACGAAUCGGAAAUGGACAAGUUCGGAUAGAUUCUUGCAGUGGAUUAAUAUCGAUUCCAACUACGAUUUGCCAAUUCACAUCUAAUAAAUAUGAACUAAUCAGUAGUGUAUAUCCAAAUAUUGCUCAAAAUUAUGGUAACUACGAUUGGCUAAGCACGCGCGCAGUUUUAGCAGCAAAAAAUAUGGAUGUCAACGACUUGAAUUGGACGAAUCAAAAUCAAAUUCCGGAAGAUCUGCGGUCAUAUAAAUCAAUCGAACGCGUUGAAAAUGAAGACGAGGUAGUAAAUUACCCAGUGGAGUUCUUAACCCUAGACAGCUAACCUUCAGUAGCCCCCUAUAAACCCUAACCAUUCGUCGAUUCGACGAGCAUUGUUAGAGUGUCUUUAUUUCAUGCAUUUAAACAAUCUUUAAUUAUUUUAAUUGCAAAUAUAUGUAUUUCAGAAACUAUUGUACAAAAUAAAACAUUCAUUUUAUAUUCUAUUUCAAGUUGUAUUUGUUGAAUACAUAUUUAAUUAAGGCACUAGUUUUAAUAAGAUCCGAGAAGACAACAUGUUUAUAAAAAAAAACAUAAAAUAAAGAAACACAUAACAGA